UCCGGACCAGGAAGUGUCUCCCGGUAACAGCUGCCGCAGGAGGAAGCGAGAAGGCUUUGGUUAUCAGUGUGCCCCGUCCAUGCAGGACCACAACCUAAACCACAACCGCAAGCCCGAACAUGGAGCACAUCAGGACUACCAAGGUGGAACAGGUGAAAUUACUGGAUCGGUUCAGUCCUAGCAACAAGUCGACCUCUGGAACUCUGUAUCUCACUGCGACCCACUUACUGUUUAUAGACUCUGUAAAGAGAGAGAUCUGGAUUUUACACCAUCACAUUGCUGCUGUUGAGAAGCUUGCCUUGACUACUACUGGCUGCCCUCUAGUGAUACAAUGCAAGAAUUUCAGGGUGGUGCACUUUAUAGUCCCAAGAGAACGUGACUGUCAUGACAUCUACAACUCACUCGUACAGCUCUCAAAGCCAGUGAGCUAUGAUGAUCUCUACGCAUUUUCUUAUAACCCAAAACAAAAGGAGUCUGAAAGAGUCCUUGGCUGGCACCUUCUAGAUUUGAAAGAGGAAUACCAACGUAUGGAUGUGCCAAACAUUUACUGGCACUGGUCGGAUGUUAAUCGGGACUAUAAGGUGUGUGACACAUAUCCAAAGGACCUUUAUGUCCCUGUAAUGACAAGCAAACCUAUUAUUGUGGGAAGUUCAAAGUUUAGAAGCAAGGGAAGGUUCCCAGUGCUAUCAUAUUAUCACCAGAAGAAUCAGGCAGCAAUUUGUAGGUGUAGCCAGCCUUUGUCUGGCUUUAGUGCAAGGUGUCUGGAGGAUGAGCACAUGUUACAAGCUAUCAGCAAAGCCAAUCCCACAUGCAGGAGUAUGUACGUCAUGGACACAAGACCAAAGCUCAAUGCUUUGGCUAACAGAGCAGCUGGGAAGGGAUAUGAAAACAUCGACAACUACUCGAAUAUUAAAUUUCAAUUUGUUGGAAUCGAAAAUAUUCAUGUUAUGAGAUCCAGUCUGCAAAAACUCUUAGAAGUCUGUGGGACAAAAGGCUUGUCGGUUAACGACUAUUACAGUGGUCUCGAAAAUUCUGGAUGGCUGCGCCACAUCAAAGCUGUACUGGAUGCCUCUGUCUGCUUAGCUAAGGCUGUACAUGACGAAAAGGCCAGCGUGUUAGUACAUUGCUCCGAUGGCUGGGAUCGUACUUCUCAAGUAUGUUCGCUGGCAUCCAUGAUGCUGGACUCACAUUACAGGACAAUUAAAGGAUUCAUGGCUUUAAUCGAGAAGGACUGGAUUGCAUUUGGUCACAAGUUUUCAGAGAGGUGUGGGCAGCUUGACAGUGACUUGAAGGAGGUCUCCCCAGUUUUCACCCAGUUUCUGGAAUGUGUCUGGCACCUCACUGAGCAGUUUCCAAGAGCCUUUGAGUUCAAUGAAACAUUCCUUCUUCAGAUUCAUGAGCACGUUCACUCCUGCCAGUUUGGCAACUUUCUAGGCAACUGCCAGAGGGAAAGAGAAGAGCUAAGAUUAACGGAAAGGACACAUUCUUUGUGGGCGUACCUACUGGCAGAAGAAAGCAAGUAUCACAAUCCUAUUUUUGAUGAGGGCUCCUUGGAGACGCUUGAGUACUUGGAACCAAACACCAUACACUUUAAUUUCAAGCUUUGGAGAAACAUGUAUCAUCAGUUUGACCAGGCAAUGCACCCACGACAGUCUGUAUGUGGCUUGCUUCUAAAAAUGAUUGACGAAAGCAAGGGUCUGGAAGAAGAACUCAAACAGCUAAAACUGAAAAUCAGCAAUCUGAAGAAAGAAGAGUUUGCUAGCAUAGAUUCAAUCUGUCCCGAUAGUGAAGGGUCACCCAAGUUGAAAGUAUCUCCCUGUUACACGAAGGAGCCAGCUAUUCACCCACUUAAUGACACCAUUCGGACUGUAGAGGGCAGCAACACUGCAGACAACCGCUAUGCUGAAUAUGCAGAAGAGCUGUCGAAAACAGAGACUUCUGUUGUCAGCCUUGAGUUUGGGGUUGCUAAAAUGACAGUGACUUAAAUAUUGCCUUGUCUGGAGGAGACUACAAUGUUUGUUAAACCAUCUAGUAGUAAUCCAGCUUUCAUCUAAUGGAAUUACAGCUCGUGAAACAAAUGCACGUUCAGGGAAAAUGGCAAAAUAGUCCUGAGCUCAGUUUAUAUGUGUGUUCUU